AUUGUUUUCCUGCACGAAUAAAUCAUGCAUUCAAUCCCGCCACAUUUUUUGUAGUACGGUCAGUUUGAGCACGUGAUAAUGCACGUAACAUAGUGAUUCCGCCACAUUUUCUAGUACGGCCAGGUUAAACACGUACUAAUGCACGUAACAUAGUGAGAUUUAUAACCUAUUUCUAAAUUCAGGAAGGUCAAACCACGAAAGAUGAAGAAUAGUAUCCGUCCUACGAUCUUGGUAUCAUUGAUUUUUGUUUUAUUUCUUACAAUGGAGGUGCAGAAGUUCAAUUAUAGAUUGACACAGUUUUUACUAAAAAGAAAGGAAACUUAUCAGGAUGUAUGGAUAAAUACAAAUAGAAGUCUCACUGUAGUAACAGCAUUUUUUAAUCUCGGAAAUUUUUCGAAAGGUUCAGUUUCAAAUGUCCGAACACCGGAGUCGUACAAAGUUUGGAUGUCUGUGUACAAAUAUCUUAAAAAUCCACUGAUAAUUUAUACAGAUUCGAAAAUGUUUGCUGAAUUCUUUACAGAAUUACGGAACAAUUCAGCUUUUAUCACACAAAUAAUGAUGCUAUCUAGAGAUGACCUAUGGUCAUUCCAAAUCAAACCACAAAUAGCCAAAAUUUAUUCCAAACCGGGAUACCCAAAGCACUAUCCGAAUACAUACUUACCGGAGUACACAUGUAUGACUCAUUCAAAGCUGACUCUAGUUGCAAAAGCAAUUGAUUCAAAACUAAUGGUAUCAGACUACUAUUCCUGGAUAGACUUAGGCUAUUACCGUGAUGUGUCUAGUCGUAAAAAAUAUUUCUAUUUAGAAGUCCCAAAUGAUUUUGACAAUUCAAAAGUUGGUGCUAAUCAAGUUUAUGAUGUACCUUUAAAGAACGUUUCUGCAAGAUCUAUUAUUCUUGGUAAUAAAAAUUGGAUAGGUGGUGGACUAUUUUUAGGAAAACCAGACGUUUUAAAAAAGUUUGAAUCUCAGUAUAAAACCAGAGUAAUGUAUUAUUUGUCACUUGAACUUAUGAACGUAGAACAACACAUACUUUAUUCAAUGUACACAGUCGAGGAGAGAAAGAAAAAUCCAAUUACAGUUGAAGUUCAACCGUACCUACCAGGGAAACAAACAGUUUUAUCCGGUGAUCCAUGGUUUUACUUAGGAUUUUUAAUGUAUAAUGAAAACACCAACGCGUCAUAUCGGUCAUAGCGAUCAUGAAUAAAACAAAAGUCGUGGUGUUGCUUCGAUCAUGAUAAUCAGGAAUAAUAGUUGUUGCUAAGUUAACGAAGUCAA